UGGUGUUUAGAUUUGUGAUUGAUCAUGAUGAUUUGACAAUUUCAACAAGUUCUGUUUAAUCGCGUGCUUUUUUAUUUUGUAUAUAAACAUUUAUUGUCAUAAACAAAAAUAUGUUUAAUAUCCAAUAAGUAAAAUAAAUUGCAAAGACUUUGUAAACCAGCAGCAAAUGAGCAAAAAUUUGAAUUCUGUUCUAUAUGUAUACUAAAAAUUCUUAUAUAUUUAUUGUACAAGAAUAAAAAAUCGGUUCCCAAUGUUAAUCGAUUAAAAUAUAAUAACGGUAAAAAGUUGUUGAUUCAAAUAAGCACCGCGGCGCACAGAGAAGUACUUAUAAAAGGAAGAAAAAUAAAGCAGGCUAUGGAUAUAAAACUAUGGGUAAAUUUAUCAACAAAAGAUACUAAAAUGGAUGUCACAUCCGAUACCAGUAGUCGAACCCUGUCCCACUGCCAAAGUGUCUGUUCAUAUGGGUCCUCAACUAUUGAUGACCAUGAUGAUCUAAAUGCCAAAGAUGAUGACAUGACAUUUUGCAUGUCAAACUAUGCAAAGGAAGCUUUAAAAAUGAUGUUUAUGAUGCGUUCACACAAUAUGCUCACUGAUGUGAUACUUGAGGUAAAGCAAGAGCUGUUCCCUGCCCACAAAGUUGUUCUGUCGGCAGCAUCGCCAUAUUUCAAAGCUAUGUUUACUGGAGGUCUCAAGGAGACCGAAAUGUCUCGUGUUCAAUUACAAGGGGUGUGUCCGACAGCUAUGGGUCGCAUCAUAUAUUUCAUGUACACCGGUCAUAUACGAGUGACGGAGGUGACUGUUUGUCAACUGCUGCCAGCCGCAACUAUGUUUCAAGUUCCAAAUGUUAUUGAUGCUUGUUGUGCCUUUCUAGAACGACAACUGGAUCCAACAAAUGCGAUAGGAAUAGCAAGUUUUGCAGAACAACAUGGAUGCACAGAACUCCAGAAAAAGGCCAAUCAUUUUAUAGAACGUCAUUUUACGCAGGUUUGCCAAGAGGAGGAGUUUUUGCAGUUAUCAGCUUAUCAAUUGAUCGCGUUGAUUCGUCGUGAUGAACUAAAUGUCCAAGGUGAAAGAGAAGUUUAUAAUGCCGUCCUAAAGUGGGUGAAAUUUGACGAGGAAAAUCGUUAUCCUAAAAUGGAACAUAUUUUAUGUUCGGUUCGUUGUCAAUUUCUCACGCCUACAUUCCUUCGUGAGCAAAUGAAAAACUGUGAUGUUUUGCGUAAAGUACCUGCUUGCCGUGAGUACUUGGCAAAGAUUUUUAAAGACUUGACUCUACACAAACGGCCUGUUGUAAAGGAACGUAAACCAAAUACUACACGUAUGAUAUUUGUUGCCGGUGGAUUUUUUCGUCAGUCUCUAGAUAUUUUAGAGGCCUAUAAUGUUGACGAUAAAACAUGGACAACAUUACGCAGUUUGCGAAUACCCCGGUCAGGUUUGGGCGCUGCCUUUCUAAAAGGAGUAUUUUAUGCUGUCGGUGGAAGAAACAAUUCAAUCGGCUCCUCUUAUGACUCAGAUUGGGUUGAUCGUUACAAUGCAUUAACUGAACAUUGGAGGCCGUGUGCACCGAUGACUGUCCCUCGACACCGUGUUGGUGUUGCUGUUAUGGAUGAACUAAUGUAUGCAGUGGGUGGAUCGGCUGGUUCUGAAUACCAUAACACAGUUGAAUAUUAUGAUCCAGAACUUGAUCGUUGGUUUCCAGUUCAACCAAUGCACGCUAAGCGGCUGGGGGUUGGUGUGGUUGUAGUAAAUCGGCUUCUAUAUGCAGUAGGUGGCUUUAAUGGUACUGAACGCCUGGCUUCUGUCGAACGCUAUCAUCCCGAAAAUAAUGCCUGGAGUUUCAUUCCACCCAUGACUUGUGGUCGCAGUGGUGCGGGUGUGGCAGCCAUUAAUCAAUACAUUUAUGUAGUUGGUGGUUUUGAUGGUACGCGACAAUUGUCCUCCGUGGAACGCUUUGACACUGAAAACCAAGUUUGGGACCAUGUAGCACCCAUUAAAAUUGCACGCAGUGCUCUGUCGUUAACAUCGCUGGAUGGAAAACUAUAUGCAAUUGGAGGUUUUGAUGGAACGAACUUUCUUUCAAUAGUCGAAGUUUACGAUCCAAAAACCAAUACUUGGGAACAAGGUACUCCGCUUAGUUCGGGAAGGUCGGGUCAUGCAUCCGCCGUCAUUUACCAACCAUCAUGUGUUAAUAAUUUCAUGGAUUGCAUAGAAGAUGAUGGUCAGAAGCGUGAUGGCAGUGGACCGGGCAGUAAUGAUAGUCGUACUGAUGACAACUCAAGUGACCAACCCAGUGGAAGCCGUACGGACAGUUCAUUAGGAGGAAGUUCAUCGUUUGUUGGCUUUCAGACAUCAUUCGGAAGCAGUGGGUGUCGGAAUUGCGAAAGUGAAGAAGUACCCACUUCAAAAGAAGAAAUUUCCAUAAGCAAGAAAAACGACUUUUUGAUUAAACCACUGCCAUUAUUAUCAUCCGCAAAAGACAUUCCUCAUAGAAAACAUCGCAGUCGUUUGUGUAGAAAAAUUUGUAAAAAUAGAAAUGAAGAAGCAAGUUCAACUGCAGAGACACCGCCAGUUAUGUCAUAUUUCGAGCAGCCAUCAUCGUCCUCACAAUACGAUAUUGAAAAUUCCAAUACUUUUGUAAAUUCUAACGUUAAAAACAAUAUUAAUAUCAAUAUGAAUAAAAAUCAUACAAAGGCGCUGCCUUCUCCGAAUGCCAAAAGAAAAUGUCACCUGUCAGAAUUCAGAACAAAGUGCCUUAUCGAAGUCAUACGAAAGUGUAAUGCUCGUAAUGUCGUACAAGAAUAUCUAAACUCAUUACUGGAAAAACAUUCAAAAAAAUUUGGAACUUUAUCAUGAUUGUUUUUAUAUUAAUGUAACUAUAGCAUACAAAUGUACAUAUAAGUUAAUUACACACAUACACAUGCAUUCAUAUUUCGUCACCUAUAACCGAAAAUCUCCUAACUGACUUCUUCUGAAUAAUUCCCUGAUUCUAAAGCGUCUACUGAAUAGUUUUAAACUGAAUAACUGUAUAUUACAUAGUUAUAAACAACGCUCAGUAUCUUAAUAAGAUCGUUUAAAAUAAUAUGACAAAUUGUCUGAUUCACAAUACAUACAUAUAUUCAAAUCUUAUAAUCAGUAUUUUGAGAUUUAAACAAUUAUCAUUAUUUGAACUAAUUAAUAUGUAAAGUAUUUUUUGUCUUGUUUAAUUUUGAUUUGACAUUGUUUUGUUCACUAAAACAGAAACAAGUUUUUAGUAAAAACAUUAAUUGAAACUUUAAGAAAAACUAGUUUCACUAAAAACAGAUGCAUGGGUAAGAAAUUGCAUUUCAGGUUCGUUAUUAGUUUAUUCUUAAUAAAAAAAAUAUUAACAUUUUUUAAUGAACAAAAUUAAAGGGUUUUGGAUCAGAGGAAUAAGAAAUUUUCAGUUUAGGUAACGAUUCGCACAAACAAACUAUAUUCCUAUUAAUAUAUCUGUUUAUAAUCAAUAUAUACCUGAGUGUUCUCAAAGUCUGGUGGUAUAGAUAGAAUAAAAAAUAUACAUAGAUUUUUAAGUAAUUUACACUAAAUAGUUCAGUAUGUAAUUAGAGAGACAACGUUGUACAUACAUAUUUAAUUUUACUGAAUAAAAGCGCAUUAAACAUUCGCAUAAAAAUAAUACAUACAUAUAAAUAUUGCGUAAAAUACACUGAAUAUUAAUACUGCAGAAAAUAAAGGCUCACUUAAAUUAUUCUACAUUACAUUGGACUUAAAACACAA